GGUAUGACAAUCUCAAUUAACAAAGACGUGUUAUGAAAAUUGAGGUUCUUCACAUUUCUGAACUUGAAUUUUUCAGCAAUGAUGCUUCUGGAUAACAUUGGCUUUGUGGCUAACAUGGCAAGCUUGGUUUUGUACUUCUUCAAUGUUAUGCACUUUGAUCUCUCUAGUUCCGCAACCACCACCACAAACUACUUGGGCACUGCAUUCUUGCUCACAGUUGUUGGUGGAUUUAUCUCUGAUAUAUCACUCGGAGGAGGUGGAAUCAAAGGUUCAGCUCCUGCACUGGGUGUCGAUCAGUUUGACUAUAAGGACCCAAAUGAGCGAAAGCACACUGCCAGCUUCUUCAAUUGGUUCUUGUUUAUCAUAACCCGUGGGGGUAGCAUUGGGGUCACAUUUGUCGUGUAUGUUAGCACCAAAGUGCGAUGGUGCAUAGGAUUCAUUAUCUCCUUGUCGUGUGCAUUUAUUGGUCUCGUCUUUCUUGCAUUAGGAAAGCGAUUUUAUCAUGUCCGCAUUCCUGGAAACAGUCCCUUAUUGAGGAUUUUAGAGGUUUUUGUAGUGGCACUAAAGAACGGGAGGGUAGAACUACCCCAGAACUCGUAUGAACUAACUCGUAUGAACUAUAUGAAAUAUGUUUUCUGGGCUAAUUGGUACAAGUACAAGAAAGAUGUUCCCGUUGAUGAAGAAAAGCUCCUGAAUUCAGGCCCUCGACGCCCCAACGAACCAUUCUCUACAAGUGUGAAUGGUCUAUCCAGGCAGCAGGAGGAGCUCCUGAAAUCAAGCCCUGGAUUCCCGCACCGAAUCAAUCUCUACAAUUGUGAGUAGUCUAUCCAGGCAGCAGGAGGACCCCAUUUCUCAAGCAAAAGCAGAAGAUGGUGUGAAAGAGGGAAAGAAGAAGAAAAAAAGUACACAGGUACAGCUGUCUGUUAGCUGGGGACCUUUAUAAAAAUUUUUGCGAAUG